AUGGUUGCACAAAUAGACCCAUCUACGGAUCCAACAAAUGAUACCCUUAUCACAAAUGUUGAAAAGAUGAGAGAGGAAAAUGAUGAUGAUCAGGAUAAUGUCCAUUUCGCUGAUGAUAAUAAGACUUACAUUUUUAACAAAGAUGAAAAUUUACAAGGUAUGGAAUUGAGUCCAGAAGUUUCACCGAUAAAUGAUGAAAAUAACCAUAAUGAUGAAAUUUUAUUUUUGAAAUUGUUACCAGAAAAAUUUACAAAACGUACAGAGGUAAAAUUGCCUUAUCUGAUUGAAUUACACAACAUAAUUCAUGAGAUUAAGGAAAGAACCAAAAGAUAUGGAGGUGGGGUUGAUAAUGAAGAAAUAGACGGUAUGAAAUUAUCUUUGAAGUUCUGUGAGGAUUUUAUCAAACUUCGUUCACUUAGCCGCAAAAAAAGGUCAGAAAUGGAAGAAAGGAUUAAUAAAAAACAGUCAAGUAUUCGACAAAUUGAAAGUAUGAUUUCCAAAUACGUUAAAGAUAUUGAAGUUUUACAAGAAAGAUAA